AUGGCCGCCCAGAAGUGUAACCACAAGGGCUGCGAGAAGACGUUCACCGACCCCGAGGAGGACUGCUACUACCACCCCGGGGCCCCGAUAUUCCACGAGGGUCAGAAAGGCUGGCAAUGCUGCAAACCCCGAGUACUCACAUUCGACGAAUUCCUCCAAAUCCCUCCCUGCAGCACCGGUAAGCACUCGACCACCGCGCCCACCCUCGCUCCCGCACAGACUUCCGGCCCCGGCGCGUCCGGCCAGAAGCACAUCGAGGUCGCGCCGCCGCCCGAGACCAACCCGGACGGCACAGAGAUCUAUGGCUCGGAGCACAAGCCCGCGCCCCGCCCCGUAGCCACGCCAACCCCACAGGAGAAAAAGGAGAAGCCGCUGGAGCAAGAUGAGCCCGGCACCGUGGUGCCCCUAGGCGCAAAGUGUAAGCGCAAUGGGUGCGAUGCGGUCUAUGAUGGCGGGAGCAGGGACGAUGAGGACGGGAAAUGUGUCUUCCAUCCGGGGGUGCCAAUCUUCCACGAAGGCUCCAAGGGCUACUCCUGCUGCAAGCGGCGCGUCCUCGAAUUCGACCAAUUCCUCAAACUCCCCGGCUGCGCCACCAACCGGCACCUCUUCGUCGGCGCGCCCAAGCCCACUGACGAAGAGGAGCUCGUCACCUGCCGCAACGACUUCUACCAGACCUACACGCACGUGAUUGUGUCCAUCUUCGCAAAGAAGGUUGACAAGGCGCGCGCGCACAUCGAGUUCCACCCGCAGCAGCUGGACGUCGACCUGCCCAUGCCCGACAACAAGCGCUACAAGGUCAGCUUCCCGCUCUACGGCCCCAUCGAUCCCGAGGCGUGCGAGUACCAGGUUAUGGGAACAAAGGUGGAGCUGAAGCUUAAGAAAGCGGAUGGGACGUCGUGGCCGACGCUAAGGAGCGACGAGGCCACGGGGGAGAUUAUUCAGAUUGGGAAGCCGGCGACGGCGUAA